AUGGAUUUGGUCGGCCGCUUGGGCAGAAGUGGCCAGGUGGAGCUGGGGAGCGCGUGCGCGGCUGGUGGUGAAGCGGCCGGGGCGUGCUGGUUGCGGCGGCGCGUGGUGGUGGCCUGGGCAGGGGCAGCGGAUGCUGGGAGCGGGCCGGAGCAAGUUGAGCGGGAGCCUCGUGCAGGGCGGAAGCCGGCGGCGGCCGGGCAGCUGGUGGCGGCGGGCGACUCGUUGGUGGAGGCGUGCGCGAGCGGUGGUGGCCAAGGCAAGCAGGUGGAGGCGUGCAGGUGCGGCGCUGCUUGGUGGCCGGGCCUCGAUGCGCGGUGGGGCGAGCUGGGGCUGCGGGGGCCGGCCGGGAGUGGAGCCAGGGGCGGAUGCUGCGCGUGGAGCGGCUCAGGCGGGGGCGUGAGGAGGACGAACGCAGCGGAAAUUGGGACGGAAAAACGUCGAUUCACGGAGAUAUAG